AUGUGCCUUCGAGAAGUCCUCAACGACCACAUCCCCGUCACCGGUACUGACGGCCCCCAGCCGGAGGAGACAAUCGGAUUCAACCUCAACCAUCUCUGCAUCCGUAUCCGGGAUCCGGAGGUUUCGCUGAAGUUUUAUCGUGAUGUACUUGGGCUUAGGAGGAUUUUCACUGUUGAUGGGAAUGCGUAUACGGUGUACUACCUUGGGUAUCCGAAGGAUGCGGGAAAGCACCAGAGUGGAGAGGAGUUGUUGAAUGAACGUUUACAUCGGUCUGGGUUGCUUGAGUUGAUUCAUGUUCAUGGCUCUGAGAACGACAAUUGGCCAGCAUACACCCAGGACCACCCAUACCGUCGCGGAUUCUGUCACAUCGGUAUCACCGUUCCCGACAUGCACGCCGCCAUGGCACGUAUGAAGGAGCACAAUGGAGGAGUCGAGCUCGAACCGAGGUUUGCGGAGCCUGUGAGGAGGAUUGCAUUUGUUGAGGAUCCCGAUGGUUACUGGAUUGAGUUGGUCCCCAACCACUCCGAUGCUGCAUUGAGGAAGCAGUAG